UUUUUUACUGAGCGUAAAGUUUGCUGAUCGUCUUUGUCAGGUAGAAAGUGUGUGUGAGCUGAAUUGAGCAGCAUGGAUCAGUGUGAGGACAGAGAGGAGGGAGUCCCUCCCUCUAAAAGCACUCUGUGUGGGGAACAUGAGAGCCAGACCAAAGCUCAGAGGAACCCACCUGGACCUCCACCCAGCUCCGUGUCCUUAAAGAGUAACCUGUCUGCAGAUCGUCCCAUUAAUUUUAACGUCUGUGCUGCAGAGAGACUGACUGAAGUCCACAAGCAGAUGAUGAUGGAGGAAGAGGAGGACAGAGCAGAGUUUGCAGGAUCCAGCUUUACAUCUAUGAGGAGUGACCUGUCCCAAGGUCGACCUCCCGCCUUCAGUGCUAAACCUGGACUAACGAGAGGUCAGAGGUCACAGUCUGCAGGGUCCAGCUGUCCAUCUGUGAGGAGUGACGUGUCCAAAGAUGAACCUCCACACUUCAGUGGUGAACCUGGACCAACGAGUAUUCUGUUCCAGCUGCUGGAGAAGAACAUCAUCACUUUUGUGAAGAACGAGCUGAAGAAGAUCCAGAAGGUUCUGAGUCCAGAUUACCCAGAAUGCUUAGAGAGUCAGAGGAGCAGCAGCAGAAAGGCAUUUGUGAAGAUCACACUGGACUUCCUGAGGAGAAUGAAGCAGGAGGAGCUGGCUGACCGUCUGCAGAGACAACUUCAUGCUGCAGUUUGUCAUCGUAACCUUAAAUCCACCGUGAAGAAGAAGUUCCAGUGUGUGUUUGAGGGCAUCGCUAAAGCAGGAAACCCAACCCUUCUGAAUCAGAUCUACACAGAGCUCUACAUCACAGAGGGAGGCACUGCAGAGGUCAAUGAUGAACAUGAGGUCAGACAGAUUGAAACAGCAUCCAGGAAACCAGACAGACCAGAAACAACAAUCAGACAAGAAGACAUCUUUAAAGCCUCGCCUGGAAGAGAUGAACCAAUCAGAACAGUGCUGACAAAGGGAGUGGCUGGCAUUGGGAAAACAGUCUUAACACAGAAAUACAGCCUGGACUGGGCUGAAGACAAAGCUAACCAGCACAUCCAGUUCAUAUUUCCAUUCACUUUCAGAGAGCUGAAUGUGCUGAAAGAGGAAAAGUUCAGCUUGGUGGAACUUGUUCAUCACUUCUUUACUGAAACCAAAGAAGCAGGAAUCUGCAGCUUUGAAGACUUCCAGGUUGUGUUCAUCUUUGAUGGUCUGGAUGAGUGUCGACUUCCUCUGGACUUCCACAAAACUACAAUCCUAACUGACCCUAGAAAGUCCACCUCAGUGGAUGUCCUGCUGAUAAACCUCAUCAGGGGGGAACUGCUUCCCUCUGCUCGCCUCUGGAUAACCACACGACCUGCAGCAGCCAAUCAGAUCCCUCCUAAAUGUGUUGGCAUGGUGACAGAGGUCAGAGGGUUCACUGACCCACAGAAGGAGGAGUACUUCAGGAAGAGAUUCAGAGAUAAGAAGCAGACCAGCAGGAUCAUCUCCCACAUCAAGACCUCACGAAGCCUCCACAUCAUGUGCCACAUCCCAGUCUUCUGCUGGAUCACUGCUACAGUUCUGGAGGAUGUGCUGGAAACCAGAGAGGGAGGACAGCUGCCCAAGACCCUGACUGAGAUGUACAUCCACUUCCUGGUGGUUCAGGCCAAAGUGAAGAAGGUCAAGUAUGAUGGAGGAGCUGAGACAGAUCCACACUGGAGUCCAGAGAGCAGGGAGAUGAUUGAGUCUCUGGGAAACCUGGCUUUUGACCAGCUGCAGAAAGGAAACCUGAUCUUCUAUGAAUCAGACCUGACAGAGUGUGACAUCGAUAUCACAGCAGCCUCAGUGUACUCAGGAGUGUUCACACAGAUCUUUAAAGAGGAGAGAGGACUGUACCAGGACACUGUGUUCUGCUUCAUCCAUCUGAGUGUUCAGGAGUUUCUGGCUGCUCUUCAUGUCCAUCUGACCUUCAUCAACUCUGGACUCAAUCUGCUGGAAGAGGAACAAACAACCUCGAUGUUGCCUAAAUUAUUUAACAAACCAAAACUCCAAUCUCUCCAUCAGAGUGCUGUGAACAAGGCCUUACAAAGUCCAAAUGGACACCUGGACUUGUUCCUCCGCUUCCUCCUGGGUCUUUCACUGCAGACCAAUCAGACUCUCCUACGAGGCCUGCUGACACAGACAGGAAGUAGCUCACAGACCAAUCGGGAAACAGUCCAGUACAUCAAGAAGAAGCUCAAUGAGAGUCUGUCUGCAGAGAAAAGCAUCAAUCUGUUCCACUGUCUGAAUGAACUCAAUGAUCGUUCUCUAGUGGAGGAGAUCCAACAGUCCCUGAGAUCAGGAAGUCUCUCCACAGAUAAACUGUCUCCUGCUCAGUGGUCAGCUCUGGUCUUCAUCUUACUUUCCUCAGAAAAAGAUCUGGAUGUGUUUGACCUGAAGAAAUAUUCUGCUUCAGAGGAAGCUCUUCUGAGGCUGCUGCCAGUGGUCAAAGCCUCCAACAAAGCUACACUGAGUGGCUGUAACCUCUCAGAGAAAAGCUGUGAUGCUCUGUCCUCAGUUAUCAACUCCCAGUCCUCUAGUCUGAAAGAGCUGGACCUGAGUAACAACGACCUGCAUGAUUCAGGAGUGAAGCUUCUGUCUGCUGCACUGCAGAGUCCACAUUGUACACUGGAAACUCUCAGAUUGAGUGGCUGUGGUUUGUCAGAGAUCAGCUGUGAUUAUCUGGCAGCAGCGCUUAAGUCCAACCCCUCAUAUCCCAGAGUGCUGGACCUGAGUGGAGACUACAACAACCUGCAGGAUUCAGGAAUGAAGCAGCUGUGUGUUCUUCUGGAGAAUCCACGAUGUCGAUUUGAAACUCUGAGACUAAGUCACUGUGACCUGUCAGAGAGAAGCUGUGAAGCUCUGGCCUCAGUUCUCAGGUCUCAGACCUCUAAUCUGAGACAGCUGGACCUGAGUAACAAUAACCUGAAGGAUUCAGGCGUGAAGCUUCUGUCUGAAGGACUGAAGAGUCCACACUGUACACUGGAAACUCUCAGUCUGUCGGGCUGUCUGAUCGCAGAGGAAGGCUGUACUUCUCUGGCCUCAGCUCUGAGCUCCAACCCCGCCCAUCUGAGAGAGCUGGACCUGAGCUACAAUCAUCCAGGAGACUCAGGAAUGAAGCUGCUGUCGGCUGGACUGAAGGAUCCAGGCUGGAGGCUAGACACUCUCAGGGUGGAGCCUGCUGGAGUCCGAUGGUUGAGACCAGGUCUGAGGAAGUAUUCCUGUCAACUCACAAUCGACACAAACACAGUGAACACAAAGCUCCAACUGUCUGACAACAACAGGAAGGUGACACGUGUGGAGGAGGUUCAGUCAUAUCCUGAUCAUCCAGACAGAUUUGAUCUUCAUCAUCAGCUGCUGUGUAGAAAUGGUCUGACUGGUCGCUGUUACUGGGAGGUCGAGUGGAGAGGAAACGUUUGUAUAUCAGUGAGUUACAGAAGAAUCAGAAGGAAAGGAGGGAGUAAUGACUGCGUGUUUGGAUGGAAUGAUCAGUCUUGGAGUCUGAGGUGCUCCGAUAAUGGGCCUCUUUACGUCAGACACAACAAGACAGAAACAUCCAUCUCCUCCUCCUCCUCUGUCUCUAACAGAGUAGCAGUGUAUGUGGACUGUCCUGCUGGCACUCUGUCCUUCUACAGAGUCUCCUCUGAUACUCUGAUCCACCUCCACACCUUCAACACCACAUUCACUGAACCUCUUUGUCCUGGAUUUACAGUCUAUUCUGCUUCCUCACUGUGUCUGUGCUGAGUUGAGUGUAAAGAGUGUCUCCUGUUAGAGAAACACUCUGACUGUUGAACAGUUCAGUCUGUACAUGUCUGUCUCUUUCACUCACAAACACGUUUUCACAUUCAUGGAUUCAAUCAGUUGAUGUUUGAAACUCUUCUAAAUGAUUCCUUGUAAACUUCUUCCUCUUCAGUCCUUUAAAGAUGGAAGCUCCCAUUAUUCCAGGAUCCACAUGUUGUUUUUCUGUCUUUUUCCACUCAAAGCUUCACAGUGAAUCUCAGUAUGUUGUGUUUCUCUGAAGCUCAGUUCACAACCAGCUCCUCUACAUUUUCAACAAGUAUGAGCUCAUUAAAAUGAAUCCAAAUGUUUGAUUUGUCUUUCUUAAUGGGAUGUUUCCAUC